AUGACCCUGCCUAAUGGGAAGGCCGUCACAAUCUUCGGCCCGCGCAUGAUAGUGGUCAGCUUCUUGUUGACCGAAGCGCAGCCUACCCAGCCACAGUUUUAUUAUUUGAUGCGGAUGGCUUCCUGGGCUGCGUUCGGUGCGCAUGCCAUCACUCUCGGUGUGAGCGAUCUCUUCAACCAGGUCUUGACGGUUGUUUUGCUUCUUCUGGCGAUUUACCUAACAUCGAGACAUGUCGGGGACUGUCGGGAGCCUAUUAAGGCACGAUUGUAUCUCAAGGCCAAUAUGGGGGACCCUAAAUUGCCCCGAGGUGCGGCUUACAUGAGGCUGGAUAUGUCGACCACGGAAGAGAAUUACAUGGUUCACUGGAGCAUGAUGCCCCAAUGGUCGAAUGUAUGGUGGUGGGAUAGAUAUAAAUCACGAUAUUCAUCCAGUCAGAUCAGUUCUGUGAUGAAGGUAGAAGGGAGCCAGCAAGUUUAG